AGGGUAAACCCCACGUGGGUUGUCAUUUUGUAAACAAUUGUUUUCGUUUGUUUUCAUUCAAGGUUAUUUUGAUAGCCGUUUGCAGCUUUGAAAUUCGCUUUAGUUUGUUCUUGCUACAGGUUUGUUAAUAGAAGAUGGCGUGUGAACGAUAUCAGUGCAAUUUACGCCCAGAUUUAUUAGAAAAAGCUGUUCGGGAACUAAACGAACCUCGGGAUAAUGAUGAACGAUUAAAAGCAAUUGAUCAGUUGCGGGAUAGCUUUAAUAUUGAAAAGUAUGGGCCACUUAUUCGUUCCGAUGAUGGAUUUAUUUUAAGAUUUCUCAGAGCUCGUAAAUUUAAUCAAGAACGGGCGUUAAAAGUUCUGCAAAAUUAUCACACAAUACGGAAGGAUUUUCGGGAAUGUUUUUCGAGAGUAGAAGACCCCAUGAGUUUGAAAGCCGUGAUGGAUACGGGUAUGAUGUAUGCUGCUGAGGGGAAAGUGAAGAAUGGAGAGUCUGUAAUUAUAUACAGGCCUGGCUUGUUGAGUCAAGAGGUAAAAAUACACGAAGUUAUUGCUUAUGGAGUUUUGUGUGUGGAGGAGUUAUUAAAAGAUGAAGAAUACCAAAUAUCAGGAAGUAUUACUGUUGAUGAUUUGACACAAUUCAAUCUUCGUAUCUUGGCUCAGUUUUCCCUGCAUGGAGCUAAGCGUAUGAAUCAGGUUUGGCAAGACUGCAUGCCGGUUCGAAUGAAGUCCAUUUAUAUUUUUAAUGAAGGAAGAGUGUUUGACAUUAUCUAUACAAUGAUGAGGCCUUUUAUGAAGGAAAAAACGAAGAAGCGAAUAAAAGUUUGCGGGGAUAAUUAUAAGUUGAUGCAUGAAGAAAUUCCCCCAUCUAUGUUGCCACCAUGUUUGGGGGGAAGUGGAUUGCCAAUAGAGGAUGCUUGUAAAGUAUGGGUGGAGAAACUGUGCAAACAAUUGAAAAAAAAAGGAUUUGGUUUAGUUAUGGGGCGGUACGAAUGUAAACUCUCCCCUGAGCUCUUGGAUAAAGCUGUGAAUGAAUUGCAUGAACCUCGUGAUAAUGAUGAAAGGUUGAAAGCAAUUGAUCAGUUAAGAGAAAGCUUCAGUGUGGAGAAGUUUGGACCACUCAUAAGAGAAGAUGAUGGUUUUAUUUUACGAUUCUUGAGGGCCAAAAAAUUUGACCAGAAAAAAGCUCUUGUUAUGCUGCAGAAUUAUCAUAAUACGAAGAAAGAAUUUAAAGAGGUGUUUGAAAAAGUUAACAAUCCUAUUGUACUGAAGCCACUCACUGAGAAAGGGAUUAUGUACAUGCUGCAAGGUGCUUCUAGGGAAGGAGCUGCAGUGAUGAUAUAUAGACCUGGUUUAUUGGAUGCAGAUGUCAAUAUCUAUGAUCUUAUGGCUUACAGUGUGAUGUGCAUGGAAAAGGUCAUAGAAGAAGAAAAAUAUCAGAUUUGUGGAGUAGCAAGCAUUGAGGAUCUGGAAAACUUUAACUUAAGUAUGAUGUUUAAGAUCAGCCCGAUGGCAUUGGCUAAGAUGAACAACAUAUGGCAGGACGCAAUGCCCCUCAGGUUUAAAGCUGUUCAUUUGCUUAAUGAGGGAAAGGUAUUUGACAUCUUGAUGGCAAUUUUCAAACCUUUUAUGAAGAAGAAAUUGUUGAAGAGAAUGCACGUCCAUGGGAGCAAUUAUGACGAACUCCAGGACUUUAUCGACCCAGCUCUUCUUCCUCCAUUUCUAAACGGAACCGGACCUAGUCCCAAGGAAGCAGCUGAGGAAUGGAACAAGAUAAUGGAAGAGGAAUGGCCACAAGAUACUGCAUUGUAAUUUUUAAUGUAAUUCUGUAUAUUUCAUUUCUAAUUCACAUCAUUUCACGUUUUUUUUUCGAACCUUUUUUUUCAAACCAUCAUAAAAAUGUGAAAUUGUUUAUUAAAGUAGGGUAAGAUGGGUCACGUUUUAUUUCUAUUUUCUUGUCCCAUUUGGUAAGAAACAAACAACAUUCAAAAAAUUAUAAACCCCUGUUCCAACGACUCCCAUAUACCGUUGUUAAUUGUUGAAAAUAGAUUAGGAUAUUUGGAUAUUAUGUGCUAAAGGUGUCCUAUCUUCCCCCACAGUACUAUGUAUAACCAGCAAUGCCAAUUCACCAUCUCAGGUUAAUUAUUUUAUGCAUAAUUAUGGGUAUGCCGAACCCUGACAAUCCUGACAUGUGUAUACUGUAUAAAUAGAAUGUUUAAGUUAAGUUGCACUUUAAUAGCUAAUAGUAAUUGUUUAACUUCAUUUACUGUUAUAGCUUGGUGGUUUUAUUAUGUUGUGUAAUUUGUGCAAUUAAUCUGCUACAUUUAUAGUUAAAGCUAUGCUGACUUGAUUGUUUUAAUGUAGUUUAAUUAUUAAAACCUUUUAAUUUUUGUUUAUUUUAAAAUGAUACUCCAUGUGUUUAAUUUUUUAGAAUUCAUGCACAUUGUUUCAUUAUUAUAAAAUUUGAUUUGAAAGUUCCAGCGGUUUACGAUGCAUUUAAUUUAGAAUUCAUGCACACUGUUUCAUUAUUAUAAAAUGAUUUGAAAAUUC